GCGACGACGGUCGUGAGAUAGUGAUUAACCAAGAUUAUAAAGGGACAGUUAUCUGCACUGGCCAAGUAAAAAAGAAGGCAUCUGAUAUUGCACGUAAAUGUCAGAAACAGUUAGAAGAUGGAGUAUUACUGGUGGACAUCAUAAAAAAAGAAUGCGAGUCGUCUAAUAGUCGAAAAAGAGAUGCCCAUGGUAAAAUGGCAGAAGCUCUGAUCGAACUUAAAGAAACAAUGACUCGAUCCAGGAACAGCCUAAAAUGUCAGAAAAUGAAGACCCUAAGCCUAAGAAGACUAAGGAAAAGUCAGCUACAUUCAACAUUGUGACCAAAAAGAAGAAAAAAGCAGAUGAGACUAAAAGUAAAACAAAAGCUAGCAGUAAAGACAAAGUCCUGAGGCUGUCACAAACACAAGAAAAAAAAAAACAUAUAUCCGCAGAGAAAAUGGCAGAGAUGUUGGAGUUACUUGGAGGUGAUAGUCCGGACAAAAUUGGACAAACAUCCCCAACUUUGAGCCAGGCAAGUUAAGUACAGUGAAUACAAAAAGUUUUUCCUCAGCAGCUGAUUGUGCUACACCCCUAAAAAGGAUCAUUAAGGAUCAUAAGACUAACACACCCAGACGAUCCCCAAGGUAACAGUCACUGAAGGCCAGAAAUAGGAUUUAUGAUUACAUCUCACCCGUAAAAACAGAUGCAAGAUUUACUACAAGCACUUGGGAUGGAACAUUUGUACGUUCGUCAAAUGUACUAAUGAAACUUCACGGAGUUCUUCAAGAUGACCAGAGAACUUGUACUCAGGUAGAGUUGCAGCCUUACAGCAACAAAUUGGAUACACCCCCUGAGGUCAACCAGGAGCAAACCCUAUAUAAGCGUGGACAGAGUACUAGUACAGGGGUAGAGGACGAAUUCCAGCCUUACAGCAGCAAAUUUGAUCCACCCCCUGAGGUCGACCAGGCGCAAACCUUAUAUAAUCGUGGACAGAGUACUAGUACUGGGGUAAGGUACGAGUUUCAGCCUUACAGCAACAAAUUGGAUCCACCCCCUGAGGUCAACCAGGAGCAAACCUUGUAUAAUCUCUUUGGAAUUACUCCAAGUGAAGGACAUAUGGCUGGGAAUAUUCUACAAAGAAUUGGACAGGCUCUUCUUAAUGGUACGCCAGAACCAAUGCCUUAUCAGCCUUCCAUUCAACAAUAUUUCCCAGUUGCAAAUCUAGAGUCAACCUACUACAACAGCACAGAGAAGAUUGCUGAAACUAGUCAAUCAAAUGAAGCUGAAACAAGCCAAUCAAAUGAGUGUUGUUGGAUGUACGUUCGAAGCAAGGGAUAAAGAUAA